GUCACGUGACACCGUGAAGGUCUUAUCAUCCCAGCUGACUAACUUGUCGCCUUACUCUCGACUGACGCUCCAAGAAGGUAACCAGGAUGUAUCAUUUAGUCUUAGUUUUCGGGCUACUGGCAUUGGCCUCCAGUUUACCUUGUGAUCAUUCUGGAUCCAACCAUGAGCUGCUGCUUUCACUAAAUAAAGAUCUUCUACGCUCUCUGGAGGGACAAGAAGGACUUCCUAAUCCCAGUGUCCACUUGGCGUUACGGCUAUCACACUUGCACAACCUUUUAAAAGAGGGGGAACAUUUAAAUCGACUGACAAAUAAUUUACACAAUGACCUUCAAAGCGUCCUCUCUGGCGGGCAGCCUUUAACCGGCCGCUUGGCAUUGUAUGCUCUGGCCUUGAAGUCAUCUUGCUAUGACCUCAACACAGUCACCUUCACUGUAGGUGACAAGAGUGAGACACUGCUGACGGUCCUCAAGAAACAGAUGGAACGAGAGAAAGAAUACAUAGCCUUCAGCCAACGCCCUUUGACUAACUAUUACCAGUACUCAUUGGGUGUACUCGCUCUAUGCGUGAGUGGCAUCAGGGUCAACAACCACGUUGUCAACAAGCUCAUCAAGGCAGUCGAACAUGAGGACUUUCAGCAUGGAAACAGUGAGAGCAUUGAUACGUAUGCUAUGGCUGCAAUGGCCCUCCAGUGCGUGAAGAAUUCUGGGAGUUAUGUACACAAUGCUGUUGAGCUUGACACGGCCCUGACCAACAUCAAGGAGAAGCUCUUGACAUCACAAAGGAGCGAUGGUCAUUUUGGAAAUGAGUUCAGCACUGGGCUCGCUGUUCAAGCUUUUCUGGCAAUGGGUAUUCCGGUGUCAGAGUGUGCUGCCUCACUGGAGGCCAUUAGGAGGGAUGCAAGAGGCAACAAAUACCAGAACCCCAUGGCAAUAUCUCAGCUUCUACCAGCUCUGCAGCAGAAAUCCUACUUGACUGUUCAAAGCAAGAGCUGUCUCAAUGAGGAGAACACGCUGGUUCUCGAGCCCACCGACCCCGUGGUCGUCACGCCCAGUACGACCAAAGUGGCCGUGAUGGUGGAAGUGGUGACAUCAAGCGGGACAUCCACUGUGUAUUCACUGGAUGUGCCCAAGGAAAGCACUCUGUUGGAGGCCCUUCACCUCCUCAAGGAAAUAAACAAUGACUUUACGUUUGAGAAUGAAUCAAGCCUAUGGGGACCAUUCUUAAGUGUGGUGAAUGGAGAGCGGGCCAGGCAAAGUGACCGCAGAUACUGGCACCUCUCGUCUGACGGCACUUCUCUCACUGAAGGUAUUGCUGAUUACAAACUAAAAGUGGCUCAAAAGAUCACCCUAAAAAACACAAGCUAUUAAUGCUGAAAUCAAUCACAAGUGAUCCAGUGGUGAGCCGUUUGGAGCACAAGCAACUUUGAUUCCUUUCAGUCCAAUCACAUGUAAACUGAUAAGUGAAUAAAUGUUUCUAAUGGCU